ACGUUCAAGUGGAUUUACUAUAUCAAUUGUUGGAGAUAUAAAGGCAUCGAUCUUAUUAUAUAAGAAUCUUGAAAAAUUAACAAAUCGAAUAAAAGCUGAUCGAGCAACAAUUUUAUUAGAACAAUCUGAUAAAAAAUACAAUUUAUAUACAGCAUUUGAACUCAAUUAA